GAUGGGAGGUGGCCAUGGGCUGCUGCCCUGGGUUUGUCCCUACCUCGGCUUCCGUAGAGGAAGUCGCGCGGAGCUUCACCUGGGGUUUCGGUGCCCCCCUUCCCCUUCCCGGGGUCUGGGGGUGACAUUGCACCGCGCCCCUUGCGGGGUCGCGUCGCCACCCGACGCGGACUCCCCACCUGGCGCGCUCGUCCUAUCUGCUUCUCUGGGCUGGGCCUCCACCUCGCCCCCAGUUGCCCAACCAUGGGGGCCGCCGUGUUUUUCGGAUGCACUUUUGUCGCGUUCGGUCCGGCCUUCGCGCUUUUCUUGAUCACAGUGGCUGGGGACCCGCUUCGCGUCAUCAUCCUGGUCGCGGGGGCAUUUUUCUGGCUGGUCUCCCUGCUCUUGGCUUCUGUGGUCUGGUUCAUCUUGGUCCAUGUGACUGACCGGUCAGAUGCCCGGCUCCAGUAUGGCCUCCUGAUUUUUGGUGCUGCAGUUUCAGUCCUCCUGCAGGAGGUGUUCCGCUUUGCCUACUACAAGCUGCUUAAGAAGGCAGAUGAGGGGUUAGCAUCGCUGAGUGAGGACGGAAGAUCACCCAUCUCCAUCCGUCAGAUGGCCUAUGUUUCUGGUCUCUCCUUCGGUAUCAUCAGUGGGGUCUUCUCUGUUAUCAAUAUUUUGGCUGAUGCACUUGGGCCAGGUGUGGUUGGGAUCCAUGGAGACUCACCGUAUUACUUCCUGACCUCAGCCUUUCUGACAGCGGCCAUUAUCCUGCUGCAUAUCUUUUGGGGAGUUGUGUUCUUUGAUGCCUGUGAAAGGAGACGGUACUGGGCUUUGGGCCUGGUGGUUGGGAGUCACCUGCUGACAUCAGGACUGACAUUCCUAAACCCCUGGUACGAGGCCAGCCUGCUGCCCAUCUAUGCAGUUACUGUUUCCAUGGGGCUCUGGGCCUUCAUCACAGCUGGAGGGUCCCUCCGAAGUAUCCAGCGCAGCCUCUCGUGCCGACGGCAGGAAGACAGUCGGGUGAUGGUGUAUUCUGCCCUGCGCAUCCCACCCGAGGACUGAGGGAACGUGGGGGGGGACCCCAGGGCCUGGGGUGCCCUCCUGAUCUCCUCGCCCUGUAUUUCUCCAUCUCCAGUUCUGGACAGUGCAGGUUGCCAAGAAAAGGGACCUAGUCUAGCCAUUGCCCCAGAGAUGAUAGAGGCUCAAGGGUAGAUGGGCUCUGAGUUUCCCAGUAUCCCCUCCCCAGACUGGACAUCUUGGUCUUUUUCUCAGGUCUGAGGGGAACCAUUUCUGGUGUGAUAAAGACCCCAAACUGCCUUUUUAUUAUUAUUAUUUUUUUGAGUGGGGUGGGGGGGAGGUAUGUUGGAACUCCUCUCAUAACCUCCUUGGGCUACAUUUUCCCUCCUCAGAUUACUCCUCAUGGCUGGGCUCAUAUCUGUCCCCCUUUCCCCUUGGUCCCAGGUCCUGGGGGAAAGGAAGGGCAUGCAUGUUUGGGGUUGAGAACUGGUAUUACUGGAACUAAUGGUUUUAACCUCCUCAACCACCAGCAUCCCUCCUGUCCCCAAGGUGAAGCAGAGGGUGCUGCAGUGAGCUGGCCCACUCCAGAGCUGCAGUGCCACUGGAGGAGUCAGACUACCAUGACAUCGCAGGGAAGGAGGGCAGAUUUUUUUCUAGUUUUUAAUUGGGAUGAAGGGAUGGGGUGGGGAGGUUUUCUAUAAACUGCAUCAUUUUUUGCUGAGGGUGGAGUGUCCCAUCCUUUUAAUUAAGGUGAUUGUGAUUUUAACUAAUAAAAAGGACUUUAUAA